CCCCAGGAAAACGUCGCAGUCGGACUGCAGCCUUCGCGAGGAGACACAGAAACAGGUAGUGAAAGACGUCCAUUCCCCCAGCAAAGACCAUGGCUGAGCGCACUGUCCCUCACGCCUACCCCAUGAGUGCGGAGUACGAGUUUGCCAACCCCAGCAAGAUUUAUGACCAGAACUUUGGAGAAGGUGUUUCCCCAGGGGAAAUCCUGUCCCCCACAUUGUACCACGGCUACUACAUUAGACCUCGGAUUAAUAAGCAGCUGGACCGAGGGAUCUCAGAGGUCAACCUCAAUGACCACAAAUUCCAAGUGUUCCUCGACGUUUGUCAGUUCACGCCAGAUGAGAUUGCUGUCCGCACAGUGGACAAUCUCCUGGAGGUGACAGCUCAGCACCCACAAAAGGCAGAUCGGCAUGGUUUCAUAUCCCGGGAGUUCACCAGGACCUAUAUCCUCCCUCUUGAUGUUGACCCUCUAUUGGUCAAAGCCACCGUGACCCAUGAUGGCAUCCUGAAUGUAGAAGCUCCGCGGACAGGAAAGGAGGUGAAGGCCAAAAUCAACGAGGUGAAAAUAACACGCCAAGAACAGCCAGCAGCGGAAGGAAAGGGCUGUGAGGAGAAGCCACAGCCCUAAAACAUUCCUCAGCAAUGUCGGCUCCCACAUUGAACAUGCCCCCUUCAACGUGUACACAUUUCACUGGAUGUCAGGAUUGGACAGCUGAUUUGGGGAAGGGGGCCUACCCACAUGGCUUUGUGGGGUCCUGUCUCUUUUUCCUCGUCCUUUAGAUGUGGCAGCCGUUUUGUGUUAUGCCAUGCAUCCGCAGCAGCCAUUUUUUUUAUGCCAUGCCUCCAAGGCAGCCAUUUUGUGACUGGUGUCCAUAGCACAUUCCCAAAAAAAUUCCAAACAUGCCCACUGGCAGAAUUUUUUUUUGGCAAAAGCCCCUGUCCUAUUGGAUGCCUACUGACUUGGAUCACAUCUCUGUGUGUGCAUUUAAGCUGUUAAGCCUCAUGCUCUGAAUGUAUAAAUUUGUUUUUUUAAAAAAAUAAAUAAUCCUGAGAAUUAUACGCUUGUGGACCUCUGUACCUCACUAAUACUCUUUCAAAACUGAGAGGCAAGGAGAUGGGAUGUUCAUUUGACCAAUCAGAAGGGAGCAGUAGAGUGCCUGGUGGGCAUUCUGGUCAAUCUGAUUGGGCCGGGCUACUCCCAUUGGUUCUGCCAGCCGCCGCCAUCAAUUGCUCAUGUUGUCACGGCAACAAGGGCACUGUCACUCAUCGCAAUGCAGCUAGUUUUGCCUAUUUGGUCCAUGGAGCUCAAGUUAGUGGGAUUCUGAAAGAAAGAAGUUGGCGACAGUGCAGCAGUACCAAUGUUGAUACGGCCCCCUUCAUGUGUGUGAGCUCCCACCAUGCCCCAGAUUAUGAGGCAUCUGUUGGCAGACUGGGCAAGCACACAAGCCACCUCAACCUCUUCCUGCUAUGGUGAGAUGUAUUGCGUUCCUAUUUAAAUGCCAGCACAGUAAUUAUUCCUGAGUUUUAGGAACAGAAUCAAGUGCCUGUCCAUACCUCGACUUGAUGUGGGUUGUGAACCCCCUGUGCCUCCUUUAAUUCCCCCUCUGUUCAUGCAGAAUUCACCUCUAACUACUACUGUCCCAGACUUUCUCCUCCCUAAAUUCAGAGAUUCCCUAUGCAAUCAAUAUAGCUAUUUUGGAUUUUCAAAUCACAGGGAUUUGGGGAGGAGAAAGUGUGGGGCAGCAGUAGUUGGAGGAAAACACUGCAUGGAUGUGGGGGAAUUAAAAGAGGACUGCCUCUAAGUUAACCAUAUGCAAAUUGGCACCCUCUUUUCAUGGAGAUACGUAUCCCCUUUUCUGAUGGUGCAUUGACUGGCUGCUCCGGCUGGGUGUGCUGGCUACUGAACUCAUAUGUUUGCUUUUUUUGUGCCGUGAGAAUAAGGCAUUAAUAAAACCACAACUGAAAGGAGGCACAUGUGUGCUUUAUCCAGUGAAGCAUGCCAUUCUGAAAGCUCAUAAAAAUAAACUAAGAAAAAAGAAAGAACCGAAGUCUGCAAUGCUUACUAUUCCUCAUGACUAAAACAUUUCUCCUGUGCAAACAAGCUUACCAUCUCUAUUGACUUUUACUUCCACAACACACCUUGGAGGCAGCUCAUUGUUAACCGAGGGCCAUAAGCAGAUGUUUAGCAACGCAGGUGACCUCAGGGUACACACUGGGAGUAGGUCCAUCAUGUUGAUGUGAAACAGCAGGAACAGGAAUAUAAGUUAACAGGGUUUAGAUUGCAGUCCUGUACCCGCUUAUCAGGGAGCAUGUCUCACUGAACUGAGCGAUACUUCCGAGUAAUUGUGUAGAAUGUUAUAAUGACUACUUACAGAGCACCAGCAUUUUAUGGCAUGACGUCAGUAGUGUAGUGGCAAAUUCAGAAGUGCAGAGUCCCUUCUUAAUAGUCACAGCCAUGGCCACUCUCAGUCGCACCCUCCUAAGAUUAUGCAGCAUUCUAAGAUCAUGCAAUCUUAUAAUGAUGCAAUAAUGAUAAAUAGGGAUGCCUUGCAAUGCCCAGUGCCGAUCUUCUUUCGGAGUCUCUUAAUUUGUGUUUUCCUUGAAGUUCCUUUGUAUGUAACAGAACUUGCACACCAGUCUCUUGAAAUGGAUGUACCUUGUGUUUUCAGUGUUCCUAAAUGCUUAGGUUUGGAGCAUACUAAAUAACUCCCCCUUGGCAUUU